AUGAAUUCCGGCUCACAUUCUGAAUCGAGCGAGCGGCUCAACUCGGUCGCCGCCGAUACACACCAGCGCUAUGCGGAGAUCAUGCGCGAUGUCGAAAACUUGAUCCUCGAUCACAUCGAUCAUCAUGAACGCGACGCACCCGGCAAAUCCAAGUUGAAGCUACUGGUGCCUACAGUCGGCAACUUUUUCACCCGCCUGCAUCUGGAAGAAGCCUUCAAGUAUCAAGACAGGCGACGAUUCAUCAGUCGCCGCCGAUUCGUCGCCCCCUCAUUUAACGACAUCCGACUCAUCCUCAAUUCCGCCCAGUUAUUAGGCCUCGUCCAAUCCAGCGAGGUCCAGCUCGUCACCUUCGACGGAGACGUCACCCUAUACGACGACGGCGCCUGCCUGACGCCCGAUAGUCCCGUCAUCCCCCGCAUCCUGCGUCUACUCGAGCAAGGCCGCAAAGUCGGCAUCGUCACGGCGGCCGGCUACGAAGAAGCGCCCAAGUAUUAUGGCCGCCUACACGGCUUACUCGACGCGAUCCACCAAUCGAUCACCCUCACUCCCGCCCAGAAACAGGGGAUCAUCGUCAUGGGCGGCGAGAGUAAUUUCCUCUUCCGCUUCGAUCCAGACUCCGAAGCCCGGUUGACCUACGUGCCCCGCGAAGAAUGGCUUCUCGACGAAAUGCGCUCGUGGAACGACGACGACAUCAAGGAGCUUCUGGAUCUGGCGGAAUCGGCUCUGCGGGCCUGCGCCACGAAUCUGAGUCUUCCUGCGGCCGUGCUGCGCAAGGAUCGGGCUGUCGGUGUCUAUCCCGUGAAUGGAGUUCGGAUUAAUCGUGAACAGCUCGAAGAAACCGUCCUGGUCGUUCAAAACACCGUGGAGAGAUCGGCAGUCGGUGCGCGACUCCCAUUCUGCGCAUUCAACGGCGGAAAUGACGUCUUUGUCGACAUUGGCGACAAAUCGUGGGGUGUCCGGGCUUGUCAGCGAUACUUUGGCGGUAUCGAUCCAUCCAAGACCCUUCACAUUGGCGAUCAAUUCCUCUCUGCGGGCGCAAAUGAUUUCAAGGUGAAUCUAGACCCGUUCUAUCCGCGGCGCGCGGAGGCUCGGUUGGCUUCUACAACGGCUUGGAUUGCGAGUCCCGCCGAGACGAUGGAUCUUCUUGACGAACUGGAAGGUGCGGUCAAUCCGGCCGAGUAG